AUGUUGGACGAGCGAGCACGACGGCCUGGAUGGUGUUUCUUAGCCGGAAUCACCGUAGACGCAAGCAUCUCUGUGUCGUCCAGCACCUCGUCCUCCUCCAGAUCGCUGGCCUCGCUCACAUCGCUCGCAUCAGCCUGGUCCAGAUCAUACUCGUCUCCUGUUUCCUCUUCCUCGAGGUUUUCACCGGCGAAAUGCCCGUACAACGACAGAAACUCAAUGAAGUUCUGCGCAAGGAAAUUCGGUCUGGCCUGUCUGCUGCGCACGGACCCCAGCUCCACGUCCGACGCUCUGUCUGCCUCUGCCUCGGAGUUCCCGUGA